AUGGCGGUUAAAGGAAACUUUGACGCCAUUCAUAAUAUCUUUCAUCAGCAUCGCGAUAAGGUUUCCUUUGAUGAAGCGAUAGCAGCAUACGGCAAUAAGCAGUCCUUUGUCAAUGCAGUGCACGACUUCUUCGUUCACAAAGCUGGCGCAGGGGAUGGUGACACUGUCCACGCGGAGAACCCUCGGCAUGUGCCAGACUUCGCUUCCGUGUCUGACUUCACAGAAGAUGAGAUCUUACGCGCCGUGCACCGACUCAAGCCAGGUAAAACAGCAGGUCCAUCUGGUUGUUCUGCGGACUUUCUCAAGGCGCUAUGUUCUGCAGGCCCUGGUCUUCAACUCUUACAGUCCCAUCUCAACCUCAUACUGCGAAACUGCCCUUUGGAUGAGCAACGUGUUGCGGAGCUUAUCCUGGUGCCGAAACUGCUACACAUUGGUAGUGUGGAUCAGUUCAGACCUAUAGCGCUCAUGGAGUGCAUACACAAACUGUACAUGGCACUGCUGGUUCAUAGAAUUCAACCUACGUGGGAUGAACCUCGUUUCCAGAUGGGUGGUUACCCAGGCAGCCAAGUUCUAUCGGCUCUUUUUUGUGCCACGGCUCAACUGGAAAAACAGUCCCUGGAAGGUAAACAUGGGAUCUGGAUCUCUGCUGACAUAAAGUCAGCUUUCGAUACGGUGUCUUGGUCCAAACUGGAAAGCUCUCUAUAUGACAAUACUCCUGACGCGGUGUACCCGGAGCUCCAGCGACUUUUACAUGAGAUCAAGUCACAUCACAUUUCGCUGCACUGGGAAGGUCGGAAGUCCCAUAUCCCGCUUGCAAGGGGAGUCCUUCAAGGUGGUACUCACAGUGCACAAGUCUUCUCGAUGAUGAUGGAGGCCUUGUUCACGGAGCUCUACAAACGUUGGAGUCAUGAACACCCUGGGGAAGUACGUGGGUGGUGCUAUAUUGAUGACUGCUUGCUCUGGUUCUCCUCGUGGAAUGUUCUCCAGUCAGUCUACCCGUGGCUCCUCGAGCGUUUCGCUGAGUAUGGUUUUGCCUUUAACCCAAGAAAGUCCGUUCUAUGCAGCACUGUGGAAGGCCUGCGCAAGGGAAACGCAUGCCGGCCUCACCUCCACCCUGACCUUCAAACCUUUCAAUGGUCUACUUCCUUCAAAUACCUCGGGCUCCAUUUGGAAAUCCCCUCUCUGUAUUUGGAAGACGGGGAGAACCUCACGGCCUCCCUCUUCAAGCAGGCCAAAAGCAGAGUAAUUGGGACAGUGAGGACUCUGAAGCAACUCCUGGCAAAACAACACCAUGCAAGGUGGUACACGGCUGUUCAGUUGCUGAACGUUUUCGUAGCGAGCAAGUGGCUGUGGAUGUGUCCUUGUAUGCACCCUACUCGUGCUAAGUUGGACGAUGUGCAGUCACUGCAGUUGGGUAUUUUGUGCUCGGUCCUCAAUCUCUAUGUCCCGGACGGCCUUCAGCUCGAUCGACGCCAGGCAUUACAUCGCAUUCGCCGGCGCGCCGUCUUGGAACUGCUUAGACUGCAGUGCCCAACCAUGCAAUGGACUUGGAGUUGGAUCAGUCGCAAAUGGUGCUUCCUUGGCCAUUUGUUACGCCGUCCCUGCCAACACCAGGCCACGGCUACAUUGUUGGAGCCCAUCAAGCAAGUCCGAAGCGGUAGGGCAGUCACGGGAGGACGCUGGCUUGUAUCUACCUUCAAGGCCAUCGGCUACCAAGUAGAAGAUGUAGAGGCAUUGUACAAUCUCUAUUGGACCAAGGAGGACUGGUCUGAACAUUUGCCUCAAGUAAUGAAGGCGCAUCAAAUUCCUGUGCCAAGUCUUCUUCCGGAAUGGAAGGCGAGUACAUGGAGUCGCUGGAACCAUGCCUUUACUCACGACGUGUCCUGGUUCGGCACCUCUGUUGUAGUCCAAACGCCUGACUGCAUUAACUUCAAGUGGUUGCAACCGGAGCACGGCUGGAUGCAACAUAGCGUUUCAGGGACAUGGGAGACGGCUAUCCAGGAUCAUUGCCGUUGGCAUGCAAUGUCACAGACGCGCCCUUUGUUCACGAUCCAACUGAUGUUCUCUGAGACUUCACAUCCUGAAACCAAGUUGAGUGUGCAGCAAGCGGUGCAUGCGCUAUAUGUCAAUCGCACUGAGUGUCGUGAAUUGGUUCCUGUCAUCUUGUUGGAGAUUGUUGACCCGAGCAUUCCUUCGCCCAAUGCUUUGGUGCUGUCCAACAAGACAUUCCGCCCACAACGUUACUGGGGAAUUCUGAUGUGGUACCUUCGCUUGAACCGGUUCCAAGCGUUGAUGGACCAGUUGGCAGAGCAGCAUGCCCAGGAGUUGGAAGCGACGGCACAAUUGAUGCAACACGCACGUGCUGCCUCGGACAACUCAGCAACACAGCCUCCCAAAGAACGUCGGGAAUCUCGCCACAGUUCAGCUUCUAGAACUUCGGAUGAAAAACGGCGCACUCUGGCCAGGAGCGGCACAGUGGCCGCCCAGGUGAUGUGCAAGUACCACCAAGACAUCCCAGAGGUGCACGCGGAAAAAAUCCUGGACGCAUUGGACCAUAACGAAGACGACGAUGCUUAUCAGCCAGUCCUCAAGUUCAGGGAGAGCCGUACGAUGGCUGGGGAUGGCUUCAUGCUCGAAACGGAGUCGGAAUAUCUUCGGCGACUGAGCCAGAUGACGCGCCUGGAAAAAGUUCAGCGCGCGCUUCAAUCCCCGCAGUAUGAGAUGUUUAUGGCCUUCGUUUUAUGCUUGAACGUUGUAUGGAUGGCUGUCGAGUUGCAGCUGGAAGGUACUGUUACAGGGCAAGGUCUCGAUUUUUGGCCAGGAAUGACGGACCAUCUGAGUCAAUCCCGGCCAACUUGGGAUUCUGUCCUCCUCAUUGGUGAGAUGUGCUUCACUUCUUUCUUCGCUUUGGACGUCAUUUGCCGAAUGUGCCUUUUGCGGGGCUUAUUUUGGAAAUCUUGGCUAAACUACCUCGACGUGGCAGUCAGCAUCACCUCUAUUGUGGAGCUUUCGGUGACAGUCUCGGCACAGCUGCCCGUCAGCCCGGUGCUGUUCCGCCUCCUUCGCUUGGGCAAGCUUGCGCGGGCCAUCCGCGUAGUGUCGAUGUCCAGCGUGCUGGCAUCAUUGCAGCUGCUGGUUAAAUGCCUGGCAUCCAGCCGAGAUAUGCUGUUUUGGAGCUUCUGCCUGUUGACCUUUGUGCAAUGCGUGGCCGGGAUGAUUUUGAGCACGCUCUGCAGCGAUUUCAUCAAUGACCCAGGCAGAAACCUCGAGAUUCGGAAGGAAGUGUUUCUUCACUAUGGUACAUUUACGCGAACAUUCCUCUCCAUGUUUGAGAUACUCUUUGCCAAUUGGAGCCCACCGUGCAGAGUACUGGUGGAGAACGUCAGCGAAUGGUUCUCAGUUUUCUUCCUGCUGUACCGAUGUGUGCUUGGGUUCGCCGUGCUGAACGUGGUGAACAGUGUUUUUGUGCAGCAGACAAUGAAAACGGCCAGUUCCGAUGAGGAGCUAGCCUUCAAACAAAAGCAAAGGGAUGUGGACAUGUACACGAAGAAGGUUCGGAAGUUGUUCUCAACUAUGGACGCAUCUGGCGAUGGUGCCAUCAACUUGCAAGAGUUUGCCAAGCUUGUGCAGUCACCGAAGCUGCGUUUCUGGAUGAGUCAGCUUGAGCUGGAGUACCAUGAUCUCCUGAGCCUUUUUGAGUUUCUUGACAAUGGUGACGGGCAAAUCACAUUGCCUCUUGGAUUGCUUAGCCAGCGGUGA